AUGUCCAACGGUUUAGGUCAACGGCCACUUUCCGAAGUGAGCCCUAUGGCGCAGCGACGGAACUCCCCCAGCUGGAACCAAACUACCAAGAUGCCGCACGGCGACAAGUCCACAUUUGACAAUUCUCCCUUGAGCCAUUCUUCCUCAACCCGUCAAUUCUGGAAAGGCCGAGAGUCACCAUCCCCAUUUGCGAAGGGUGCCGAGAAUCGCGCGCCAUAUGACCCUGAAUCAGUCUACGUACCCACAAAGCGUCCAUCACUCGAGGAUCUGAAGCGUGCGUCGCGCGUCAAGAACAACAGCAUGUUUCAAAGCGCACAAGAAUAUGAUCCUACCCAAGUUUCUCUUCCACACAGGCCUCUGGCAGUACACCGGAUUUCGGAUCGCGAUAGCCAAACGAAUACAAGCACUUCACAACUCCCAGAAGAGUGCACAAUGGAUCCUCCUCCGAGGCCAAUGUCGCCCAGCAAAGACCAACCCUCGCCCAGCAAAUCCUCGCUGUCAAAGGGAACUCGGUAUGGCAAGGGUUUCGAUCCACAGCAUGACAUCUGGUCAGAGUAUGACAGCACUGGGCAGCGGCAUUCCAAGAGUGUGAAGUUCGACGUUGCUCCACCUCAAGUGAAUGAAUAUGAAAUGCGCACGCCAGAUCUUGCCUCUGUGGCUUCCGACUCUCGUGAAAAUAGCUACGAUUCCGAAGAAGAGGGAGACAUCAGCUUCGACCACGACACAUCCUUUGAGCGAGAUGACAGCUUUGAUGCGUCCCUGGAGGAUAUCGAAAAGACGCCAGUGGUGUUGCCGGAGGACUGGAGAUUCAUGACCCCCGAUAGCGACAAUGAGGAGGGAGAAUCGUUUGCUGAAUCUGCCUGUGAUGAGGAGGUUCCCAAAACGCAAGAUAGAUCAUCGGGUGAUGUAACCUCCAGCCACACGAGAGUGGAAUCCCUCGAUUCCAACGGCGAACGCCGUCCUCUUCCCCCGCUGCCUUCGCUUUCGCGUCUGUCUCUCUCCGGCCCAACCUCGCCUGGAAAGCUUGCAGCAGCUUUCGAGCUUGGCAGCUCGGGCCACCGAUCGCUUCCUGCAGCAGCUUCUUACAGCAAGGCAGACAUCGGGGGCGGCAUGACCUUGGAAGAGCGCUUGAAACUCAUGAUUAUUGAUGAGAAGGAAAUUGAUGAUAAUGAAUCGAGUGAAGAAACUACCAUUGUGGAGAAGGCUGAUGUGGAGGUUGUCCAACAAAGCAAGCCCGACAGUGAAGCAGCGAAGCCCGGUGACGCUGAGAAGCCCAAUGACGAGAUUUUCUCUCCCCCUCGUAUCUCUCGGGAUUCCAUCUUGAGAGAUCUGCGAAAGGGAGAAGCCUUUGACAAUGACGAGUUAUCUGAGGAGGAGUCACAGCUUGACCUUCCAUCAAGCCCUCACUCCUAUCAGUACUACGACCCCGACGUUCCAAUUCCCUCUCUGGAGGGGGAUGAAGAGGAAGAUAUCGAUUUCGAUGACUCUUCCAGCGUCAUUGUCAAAGAAGAGGCCAGAGAUGACUCCCUCUAUGCCAUCACGGACUACUAUCAGCAUAUCUCUGAUAACAGUCUUUCUUCUCGCGACCAGAGGGCAACAUACGACGACGAAAGCAAUUACUCGCUCAAAUCUGCUGCCGAGGCUGCUGGUGUCAAGGUCGAAGUUGACGAAUCCAGGGAACCAACCCCUACUGUCGAGGACACUGCCAAUGUUGACGAUGCUCUUUCGAAAAUCAAACUGGAGGAGGAGACGCCCGAGCCGAUCGAUAAUAUUCCAGUUGAACACGGCUCCCACGAGCAACAGGUCGAGCGUGCCAUGACUCCCGAUAUCAAGGAAGAGCCGUUGUCUGAGCCCUCUACUCCCAACUCCGUAAUUCGUCAUUCUGUCGAGGACGACGAGAAUGCAGAGGAGAUUCUUGAGGGGGAGGAUAUCAGUUCCUCCGACGAGUCGAUUCCGGAACCUGUCGCAACUAUUCGCGCCUCUGGUGCUGGCUUGAAGACUCGGCCUUCGUUGACACCCGCCGAUAUGGAGUCAAUGGCAGCGACUCGUCGCAAAAUCAGUGGCCAAUAUCCCCCAGCCAUGCCCACCCUUGCGAAACAACCUUCAAACGACAGUGACACCCAGCAUGAGGAAUCCGAUCAAGAGGACAAACCGUCCGAUUUGCCCCCUAAGCUGGAGCUGCCUCCCAGCCUCACUCAACGACAGACCAGCUUGAUGAAACUCGACAUACCUUUCAGUAUUCAAGAAGAAAGUCUGGGCUCCGGCCUCAGCAAAGAAUUUGACCGUGUCAUCGAGUCCCAAAAGGUUGCGUUCGAACUCGCUCUUUCCCAAAGCUAUGCCCGUCUUUCACCGGCUCCAAAGGCCCAACCCCUGCCGGUCCCAAGCGCUCAGGACCAUCUUUCUGAUCACUUCUUGACGCGGCCAUUAACUGACAAUUGUUAUCCGAAACAGAGAGGGUACCUGAUGAGACAGAACACAAAGGUUGUGAUUGCUAGCAACCGCAACGAUGACGAGCCUACGACCCCCACAGACCCAACCAGUCCCGAUCCUCGCGGCACUCGUUCUGCAGGAUCUUCUCCCCGGAAAGCAAGCCAACAGACGUGGACCACUGUUCCUUGGAAUGGCCAGCCGCGACGGCCAAGCGUGAAGCUGGCGGGGAGCAUUCCCAAGAAGAAGCCUUUGCCAGGCGCAGUUCCUCCACUUCCGGGCCAACCAAGCAACGUUCAAGAAUCUCCGGCGACCAUUGAUGAGAAUGAGCAGCUGGUGACUGAGGCAUAUGAAGAGGGAGAGGAACGCGGUCGACUGUUCGUCAAGGUUGUGGGCAUCAAGUAUCUUGACCUGCCUAUGCCUCGAGGUGAACGAUCCUACUUCGCUCUGACUCUGGACAAUGGCCUUCAUUGUGUGACCACAUCAUGGCUCGAACUUGGUAAAUCUGCGCCGAUUGGCCAAGAAUUCGAAUUGAUCGUGCAGAACGAUCUUGAGUUCCAGCUCACAUUGCAGAUGAAGAUCGACGAGAGCAAGUUCUAUCCCCCGGAGGCUCCUGGUUCUCCCCGGCAGAAGACAUCGGCCCUCAGUCGGGUCUUUGCUUCGCCCCGCCGCCGCAAGGAACUCGACCUCAAGCAGCAAUUGCAGACGCAGCAACAGAAGGCGAACAACGUCAAUGCGCCCGUCUAUGAGCGGCUGAGAAACCUGGUGUCGCGUGACGGCAGCUUUGGCCGUGCGUAUGUUGCACUGAGCGAUCAUGAAAAGAUGGCCUUUGGUCGUCCCUACACCGUCGACGUUGCUUGUUUCAACGAGUGGGCGGUUGAUGAACAGCCGAGCAGUAUCAAGAGCAAGAAGAGCGCGACUAGUAUUUCCGCUCAGCGCCGACCUCCAUACAAGAUUGGUAAGCUGGAAUUGCAGUUGCUCUUCGUGCCGAAACCCAAAGGCAGCAAGGACGAAGACAUGCCGAAGAGCAUGAAUGCUUGUAUCCGCGAGAUGCGAGAUGCCGAGAGUAUGGCUGCACGCUCCUGGGAGGGUUUCCUCUCUCAGCAAGGUGGAGAUUGUCCGUUCUGGCGUCGUCGCUUCUUCAAACUGCAAGGUUCCAAACUCACCGCAUACCACGAGACGACUCGUCAACCUCGAGCCACCAUUAAUUUGGCCAAGGCGGCGAAGCUCAUCGACGACCGUCCUUCUUUGACUCAAAAGGAGACCAGCACUAGGGGUGGUGGUCGCCGCAAGUCUGCAUUUGCGGAGGAAGAAGAAGGCUACAUGUUUGUCGAGGAGGGAUUCCGGAUUCGUUUCGGAAACGGGGAGGUCAUCGACUUUUACGCAGACUCGCCGACCGACAAGGAAGGAUGGCUGAGAGUGCUGUCCGAGGCAGUUGGCAAGGGCUCUUCAGCCGGUGGUGGUGCCGUCAAGCCCUGGGCCGAGCUCGUGCUCAAGCAUGAGAAUAGCAUCAAGGCGCGACGCAAGACCGCUGAUCGCCUUCCUGCAAGUGGCAUUCCAGUCCCUCAGGCCUCGGCGGCUGGAAAGCGUACCAGCGUGCUGGGAGCACCACCACCACCGGCUUCUGCAGGGUCGGGGGCGCAGGCGCCUCCAUCUUCAAGACCGCGACACAAGCACACUUUCUCUCAGCCGGAGCUACCCAGUGCCGAGGCUCGCCGCCAGAAGACUCGAUCUAUGCUUUUCUAG